UGCUCUCCUAAAACAACAGGAAUGCUGCACUGGCCUUGAGCCAGCAAAGGCUCAGUGAAGAGGAUAAAAUUUCAGUUCAGAUUUACGGGAAGUUGCUGGUGUUGGGAGUAAAAAUCUGGUUUGGUGAGUUUAAGGGCAGGGAGUAUACAAGAAACAACCUUGCUACUGUGAGCAGCGAGAACAAGAGAGGGGGGAGGAAAAAAGAACACAGAGAUGAGACACUUAACAUUUUCCUCUCAGUCACAAUUUUACUGAGUGCUCCUGAGUCCUGAGACAUCGCAGACUUUACCAAACCAGUCGGCAAAAACUGAGUCCUGGUAAAGCAGUAUCUCAGCUUAACUUUCAUGCUUUAUGUCUAGUCCGGAAUUUAGUCUAAAAGAGUGAUUUCUGAUUAGCACUCCUGUUAAUAGAUUGGAAUGUGCAGCUUAGGUCAGUGAGAAUCAAGGGUUUUAGCUUAGCUGGUAUUACUUCUAGCAAGUCUCUCUGAAAGUAUUUCAGUGUUCAGCAAUUCUGAACGGCAGAGUGUGAAACAAAGGGGUUAAACAGCUUUGUAGGGAGUUGCUCAACACUGCUCAAUUAGCAGAACAUUAGAAAAAGUAAGAAGAUGCAUUAGAUUGCUGCCCAGAAACGCUUUCUUCUCUGUGAAUGGUGCUUAAGUGUAGAAACUGUCUUCAGAAACACCAUACAGGUUGCAGAAGAUUUUGGAGGCGGCACAAGCAAAGGUGGGAUAAUUUGGAGAAUAAAGUAGGAAGACAAACUACAAUUUUUUUCAAACAGAAUACUAAAGAGCCAUUCAGGUUUCAUCACACUUUGAAUGAUUUUGACAUAAUGACAGCUGAAGAUUCCACUGCUAGGAUGAGUAACGACUCUUCCAACAUGUCUACAACCAAAGUUCCUGAGGGUGUAGCUGGUGCACCCAACGAGGCUGCCCUGUUGGCACUCAUGGAGCGUACUGGAUAUACCAUGAUUCAAGAGAAUGGGCAACGCAAGUACGGCGGACCUCCACCUGGCUGGGAGGGGUUGCACCCGCCUCGUGGCUGCGAAGUCUUUGUUGGUAAAAUUCCACGUGAUGUGUACGAAGAUGAGCUAGUGCCUGUGUUUGAGUCUGUAGGACGUAUCUAUGAAAUGCGCUUGAUGAUGGACUUUGAUGGGAAAAACCGUGGCUAUGCUUUUGUUAUGUACACACACAAACACGAAGCCAAACGUGCUGUGAGAGAACUGAACAACUAUGAAAUCCGUCCUGGUAGGCUUCUAGGGGUUUGUUGCAGCGUGGAUAACUGUAGGCUGUUCAUUGGAGGUAUACCCAAGAUGAAGAAGAGAGAGGAAAUACUAGAAGAGAUCUCUAAGGUGACAGAGGGUGUACUAGAUGUCAUUGUGUAUGCAAGUGCAGCAGACAAGAUGAAAAAUAGAGGCUUUGCCUUUGUGGAGUAUGAAAGCCAUCGAGCAGCCGCCAUGGCAAGGAGAAAGCUGAUGCCUGGGAGAAUCCAACUGUGGGGCCACCAAAUUGCUGUUGACUGGGCAGAACCAGAAAUAGAUGUUGAUGAAGAUGUAAUGGAGACUGUUAAAAUCCUAUAUGUGAGGAAUUUAAUGAUUGAAACCACAGAGGAUACAAUUAAAAAAAUCUUUGGACAGUUUAACCCUGGCUGCGUAGAACGGGUUAAAAAAAUACGUGAUUAUGCCUUUGUGCACUUUACAAGCAGGGAAGAUGCAGUGCAGGCCAUGAACAACCUCAAUGGCACUGAAAUUGAAGGCUCAUGCCUGGAAGUUACCUUAGCCAAACCAGUAGACAAGGAGCAGUAUACUCGUUAUCAGAAAGCAGCUAAAGGAGGAGCAACAACAACAACAGAAGUAACUCAGCAACCCAGCUAUGUUUACUCUUGCGAUCCGUACACACUAGCAUAUUAUGGGUAUCCAUACAAUGCUCUGAUCGGUCCCAACCGAGAUUACUUUGUGAAAGCAGGCAGCAUAAGAGGCAGAGGGCGAGGUGCAGCUGGCAACAGAGCCCCUGGUCCCAGAGGCUCUUAUCUGGGGGGAUAUUCUGCAGGCCGUGGAAUAUAUAGCAGAUACCACGAAGGGAAAGGAAAACAGCAAGAAAAAGGAUUUGAGCUUGUAUCCAAUUUGGAGUUGUCUGCUGUCAAUCCAGUUGCCAUUAAACCCGGUGCAGUGGCAAUCCCUGCUAUUGGUGCCCAGUACUCCAUGUUUCAGGCAGCUCCCACAGCCAAGAUGAUGGAAGAUGGCAAAAUCCAUGCAGUGGAACAUAUGCUUAAUCCCAUUGCUGUCCAGCAAGAUCCAGCUAGUGCGGCGGCAGCGGCAGCAGCAGCAGCAGCUGUUAUACCUGCAGUUUCAACCCCUCCACCUUUUCAGGGUCGCCCCUUAACGCCAGUGUACACCAUGGCGCCAAAUAUACAGACAAGUUAUGUUCCGUUUGCAGCUCCUGCUGCAACAACAGCAACUAUAGCCACACUACAGAAGAAUGCAGCAGCAGCUGCAGCAGCAGCAGCUGCUUAUGGAGGAUAUGCCGGCUAUAUACCUCAGGCAUUUCCUACUGCAACAAUCCAGGUUCCAAUACAUGACGUCUACCAGACAUACUGAGCCUGUCAAACAUUGGGGGGAGGAGGAAGAGGCGGGAAGGGAGGGACAAACACUGAAGGAACACUUUACUAUUUAUGAAGAAAGAACCUACUGCAAAAGAAUAUGUUUGGACUCAGUAAACUGAAACAAAAUCUGAAAGUGAAGAAUGUUAUCAAAUAUUAUGUUUGAAAUAUUUUAUAUAUGUGAAGUUUUCACUAAUUUUUUAGGAUAUUUUUAAAAUUUAACAAACCUGUAUUCAUACAUUUCUAAAGACCUAUGUGCAUUAAGCCCAUUGCCUAUACAAAUUCAUAUACAGUAAUGGGUUGCAUAAGGGGUUUUUUGGUUGGGGUGGGGUUUUUUAGCAAUUAUAUUUUCAAUAUAUUUGUGGUAUGAAGGUUAUUUUUAGUAACUUCUGCACUCCAGAGAAUUCUAUUUUGUAGUGCCUUUAAUAAUAUAUCAACUAUAUAUUAAAAAGCGCAUCUGAGCAGCUAGGAAAAGUAUAAACAAUAUAUUUUGAAGAAUAUUUUCAAUAUUUAAAGAAUACAUUCAAUAGAUUUGUUUGUUCUUGUUUAAAACAACAAGUAUCUUAUUUAAAAAGUUAUACUGGAAAGUGCAAUUUGAAAAUGAGCAAGACCUCUGCAUUUUGUGCUGGCAUUAGUACAGUUUGUUUAUCACUAUCUAAAAUCACAGACAACAAACAUCAAUAUUAAAAAAAACACCUCCUCCUAAAACAAACCUCUUUAAAGCAUGAUUAAGUUAAUCAUUUUAGCCAAAAAAAGAGGUUGCUGCAUUUUCCAUAAUAUCUGGCUUUUAUAUUUAUUCAAGUUACUUCUAGCUCAGUCUCUGAGCAUAUGCACAGAGUAUCUAAUAUUUCAUGAGAGGUAUCUUGACUUAGAUCUUCUUCCAGUAUAAAACCUAGUCUCUUUUUAAAUGCUCCUUAUUUUAUUCUUUUUAAGUGUUAAGUUGUAGUGACAGAGAAUGUAUGAUGUUUUAGA